AACUACCUCGCGUCACAGCUGCAUAACAGCUGCUGGCAACGGAAAACCAAGCUUUAAGUUUAAGCAACCUACCUUAUAUCAAUACUUUGCUGGAAGGCAGAACACGGACGCGCACAUGCUCAGCUCGGCGGGAGGCGCCCUGCCUUGUAGCUGAUGCCUGAUCCUCUUGCUCAGAAAAUUUAAUUGCACUGGGCAUGAGGCGCUGGCGAGUAUGCGCAGCAGCACUGCUGUGCAGCAGCCUGUUCCUGGUGUCGCUGCACGAGGCCGCUCUGGCGCAGAACCUGCCUCAGGGGCAGGCCGCAGACGCCCAAAAAGGGGGGACCGCGGCCGACAAUACCACUGCUGUGGCUGAUGACAGAUCAGCUGCUGCCGCUGAGAAGCCGCUGCCGCUGCCGCAGGCGCAAGCAGCUGGCAGCGGCGCUGUGGAGGGCGGGGCGGGUGCGGAGGCAGGGAGCAAGGGCACGGCAGCCGCCGACGGCGCAGGCACAGAAGCCAAGGAAGCAGCUGCAGCUGAAGGCGCCACUGCAGAUAGUGAGGCGCUUGCCGGGGGUGGCGGCAACAGCGCGAGCGGCACAGCCGGGGCCGCUGCUGCUGGCGCCGCCGCCGGGGACAAGGGUGCUGCCGCUGACGCCGCUGCCACAGCCGCUGGCGGCGCUGUAGACGCCGCGCUGGCGCAGCAACAGCAGCAACAACAGCAACAACAGCAGCAGCAGCAGGACACAAGCACAAUUGGCCACCCGGACCCUGCAAACGACGAGCCAAACUUCAAGUACCGUGGCCCGGAGUGGCACCCGCGCUCCUACGGCACCACCAACUGCAGCGCGCCCACGCCCGCGCUCGACGAAGCCGGCAACAUCUUUGGUUGCCCCGUGCUUCGCGACGUCUGCGUUGACCAGGGCGUCAUUAUCUACCAGGACGCUCGCUACCACCCCUGGACCAGCGAAAUCCGAUUUCCGGGAUUGAACAUCACCGACAUCCUUUGGAACACGCCCAGCGUUUUGGGCAUCGGGGAUAAAUGGAAGAUUGGAAAAAAUCGCUAUCAGCCGAUUGUCGUUCGGCCUUGGCAUCACAUGGAGGAGAGCCCCGAUGUGGCCAAGCCGGUGUUCUCGGCCUGCACCACGCCGCUGCUGUUCUACCACCACUUCCCUUUCAAUGUGGCUGAGGUGUACCGCUUCGCCGUCAACAACAUUUACUUCAUGCAGCAGAAGCUCAAGUUCUUUGACCAGCACAUCACGCUGGUCCCCGGCAACCCGCCCAUGAGCCGCGUCCCGCCCUACACCUCCUUCUGGCUGCAGCCCUUCUCCACACACGCCGUCACCAGCCUGGGCCGGCUGUCGCAGCGCCGCGAGCCAGACCAGGCGGUCGCGCGCUCCGACGCUACAGGCGAGGGCACUGCCGUGCGCUGCUUCAAGCGCUUUGUGAUGUGCAAGAUCACGCUCAAGAAGCCGACGGGUGCAUAUUUUGAGGCGGGGCAGUUUGUGGCGGAGCACUACAUGAAGCAGGUGGAGGAGGAGCGGCGCGGCGCUAAUUACAGUGCGCGCCUGGCGGCGGCGCUGCCGGGCGGCGCGAAGCAGCUGGCUGACCCCACCGUGCUCAAGGUGGUGUUUGCGGUGCGCAGCAAGAGCCACAAGGACGUGGGCCGAGUACUGCUGAACGAAGAUGAGCUCAUAGACCGCUGCAACGCCCAGGAAGUGAAACUGCCAAAUCCAGGCUCUGCCGCCGGCGGUAGCGGCAACGGCAGCAGUACGGACGUGUACAGCAUCUUUGGAUCCAUGGCAUGCAUCCGCCACAUAUUUGGUGUGGACAAUCUGUACGACAUGUGGCUGGUACGGCAGAUGGACGUACUGGUGGGCGUGCACGGCAGUGCGCUGACUAAUGCCAUGUUCAUGCGGCCCGGCAGUAGCCUGAUCGAGCUGCGGCCCUUCGGCUUCAGCGGCCGCGAGUCGUGGCCCAACAUCUACAUGAAGUCCCAGACGCGGCGCAUGGACGUGUUCUGGUUCGGCAUCGACGUCAUGUCCGCCAACCUGUCCAGCCCGGGGGAGUUCGAGAACGACAUGCAGGACAUCUACACACGCGCCAAGGGCUGCAUCGCGCGCGACCGCAACGUGGCGGUGCCGUGGGCGGCCAUGGGCCACCAGCUGCUCAACAUCGCCGUCACCAGCCGCAGCGUGUGGCGCUACAAGGUGCUGCGCUACAGCCACUCCUACUACGUCACACACGACCUGCAGGCUGUGGAGCUGCCCGGCAAGGAGAAGUGGGUGCCCAAGGAGCUGCUGACCUGGUUCACGGACCUGGACCAGGAACGGACCCGGGCAGCUGCCGUACCGCUCACACCAGAGGGCGAGGCGGCGGCGCGCGCGGCGGAGGAGGCGCUGCUGGCGGACAUCACCAAGAAGAGGGAGGCGGAGGAGGCGGCGGCGGCGGACGCAGAGGCGGUGGAGGCUGUGGGGCAGGGGAGAGGCGGUGGAGGCGGAGGUGGAGGCGGAGGUGGAGGGGGCGGUGGAGGGGUUGGGGCGGGCGAGGAUGGUGGUGGUGGUGGUGGUGGAGCUGUGGCGGGAGCAGGAGCGGGCGGGGAGGCGGGGGCGGCGGCGGGUGAUGUUGGAGGUGCGGGUGGAGCAGGUGGAGCGUUUGCGGACCCGGACGCGGGGGCUGCGGGAGCGGGGCAAGGGGAAGGUGGUAGAGGCGACGCGGCUGCGAUGCGGCGGGCGCGGCAGGCGUUUGCGCGGCAGCGGCAUCAGCAGCAGCACACGACCUUGAGCAAGCGAGUACAACAGCAACAGCAGGAGGCGGUGGCCGCAGCAGGCGGCGCAGCCUAACUGAAUGCCGCAGCCGUUUCAUAAGGCACGGGGGUGUGUGAUGGGACAGGGUUCAAGGCAGGUUGGCGAGGUCCCGUAGGGUGCAGCCGAUGCCCAGACCCGUAAGCAGACAGCAAACAGUUUGCAGUGGCAGAGCAGAAGUGCAUGGCUGGUCGAACGCCGGCGUUACUGUACCGACAAGUUGCUGGCUGGCUGGAAGGGCUUCAUAAGGCACGGGGGGGGGUUGUGCUGUGCUUUGCUAAUUCUGUCUUGUGACUGGUGGGAGAGGCCAGACUUGAAUGCGCAGGGUGUGAUAACACAUGCAGUUAGCGCGGUGACAUUAGGCAUCACGGCCAGUGCU